GCGAAGCAUUCGUGUCUUGAGAUCACUGCACACCUCUUCACAGACACAUACACACGCAAAUACUCAAUGAUGAACAAGGGGUUAUUAAGGUUACUCCUCGUAGCCUUGCUGGCGCUCUGUGUCUUUGCCUCUGCGGAGAGUACCGAGGCUAGUGAUGAUUCACCAGCGGUCGAGAGUACAGAGGAAGCCGCGGUCGACGCCGCUAAGUGUCACGGAACAGAAUGUGUUGUGCUCGAUGGAAUGACUGAGGAAGAAACUGCCGCUCUACUCAAGGGCUCGGAAACCCAUGUCUUUGAGGCUGAAGUGAACAAGAUGAUGAAGCUGAUUAUCAACUCACUCUACAAGAAUAAAGAGAUCUUCUUGCGUGAACUCAUCUCUAACGCGUCUGAUGCCAUCGAUAAGAUCCGAUUCCUAGCGCUUACAGAUUCGGAUAUUCUAUCGACAGAUUCCGAUUUCAAGAUCAGCAUCCGGGCCGAUCCCGAGAAGGGCGUUCUACACAUCCAGGACAACGGUGUAGGUAUGUCUCUAAAGGACCUUCAGAACAACCUCGGAACUAUUGCCAAGUCUGGCACUGCCGAUUUUAUGGAGGCCGUAUCUAAGGGUGACGCGAACAGUUUGAUUGGUCAGUUCGGUGUUGGGUUCUACUCGGCUUUCCUGGUGGCUGACAGCAUUGUGGUGACCACGCGAAAGGCUGGUGAUGAGCAGUACAUCUGGGAGAGUGAUUCCUCACAGUACUCGAUCACCAAGGAUCCUCGGGAAGGCGAUGAACACAAGCUAGUGCGUGGUUCGGUAGUGUCCUUGUACCUCAAAGACGAGGAGAAGGACUACCUUAAGGAGUCGACGCUGAGAGAUAUGGUAUCCAAGUACAGUCAGUUUGUUAGCUUCCCCAUCAUGCUGCAGGUGCAGAAGGAAGUUGAGGUCGAGCCCGAACAGAUUGCGACCGAAAAGGUCGACGGAGAGGAUGAAGAUGAUGUUGAUGUGGAGGUUGAGGUUGAAGACGAGGAUAAGACCGAGCUUCCCAAGGAAACCAAGACAGUCACUGAAUACGAGCAGCUGAACACAGUCAAGCCCAUCUGGACUCGCAGCGCCAAGGAGAUCUCGGAUGAGGAGUACGUGGAGUUCUAUAAGCUUGGAUUCGGCAACACUGAGGAGCCGUUGGCGUACACACACUUCACGGCCGAGGGAGAAAUCUCGUUCAACAGUAUGUUGUUUAUCCCCAAGAAGGCUCCCCAGGCACUGCUGCAACAGUAUGGCAAUGCCGCGGCAAAGAUCAAGCUAUUUGUACGCAAGGUGUUUAUUACGGAUGAGAUGGAUGAUAUCCUCCCCAAGUGGUUGUCGUUCAUUGUGGGUCUGUUGGACUCGGAUGAUCUGCCUCUGAAUGUAUCGCGAGAGACACUGCAGCAACACAAGCUGCUCAAGAUUAUGAAGAAGAAGCUUGUACGCAAAGCCUUGGAGCUUAUGAAAAACCUUGCCAAGGCUGACGAGGCGGAUGCAGCUGACGGAGAGGAGGAUUCAGAGGUCAAGGAGGGCGAGAUCAACAAGAAUAAAUACAUCGAAUUCUGGGAGGAGUUUGGGUUGUUCUUGAAGUACGGUGCUAUGGAGGACAAGGCCAACCAGGCUAAGAUUGUCAAGCUGCUGCGCUUUAAGAGUUCAGCUGACCCCGAGAGGUAUAUCUCAUUCGAGCAGUACGUGCAACGCAUGAAGCCCAAGCAGGAGAAGCUGUUCUUUAUCACUGGUACCGAUAUCGAGGAUGUGACCAACAGACCCGUUGUCGAGAAGUUGAUUCGCAAGGGAUACGAGAUCAUCUACGCUAUCGAGCCCGUGGAUGAGUACCUAUUCCAACACGUGACGGAAUACGAGGGAAAGAAGUUCCAGGACGUGUCUAAGCCCGGAGUGGAGCUGGAGAAGAAGGGUAAGAAAGGGAAGGCCCACCAGAAGGAACUCACGCAGCAGUACGACCCACUCACCAACUACAUCACCAAGCUCUUCAAGGAGGAUGUAGAGACGGUCCGUCUCUCUGAGCUACUCGACCAGUCGCCCGCGGCACUGGUCACCGGCCAGAUGGGACUGAGUGGUAACAUGCAGCGCUUGAUGAAGGCGCAGAACCGAGGUGAUCCCAUGAUGGACUUCUACAUGAGCCGUAAGCCUAUACUGGAGAUCAACCCCAGACACCCCAUUGUCCAGGAACUGUUGAAGCGUGUGGAGCCUCUCGAUUCGGAUGAGAACGAUCCGGCGGUGGAUGAGACCGCGCGUGUCCUGUUGGAUACAGCGGCCCUGAGAUCCGGAUAUGACUUGGAGGACCCCGUAUCGUUUGCCAGUUCCGUAGAGAAACUUCUGCGCAUGCGCAUCGAUGUGCCCCUCUCCGCAGAGGUCGAUGACGAGGUCGAGUUUGAGGACGACGAGGAGGAAGAGGUUGUUUCCGACUACGACAGCAACAGCGAUGAAGACGAUGACGAGAGUAUGGAAGAGAUGAUGGCUCGAAUCAAUAGUAUGGAAGGUAUGGAGGGCAUGAAGAUGAUGAACGCAGAGGACUUUGCGGAUGCCGGAGAGUUGGGCGACACGCAGAGUGAGCACGAGGAGUUGUAAGGUGGCGAGCUUCCUGUGUACGUAUGCAUAUGUAGUACUGUGUAGUUGGAGAUGAACGAGCCCUGACCGUGGAAAGGUUAGAGAGGAUGGUAUAUGGUGUGUGCUGUGAGACGAAGCAGCACUGAUUGCUGAUUGCGGUAUCUAUAUAUACAUAUCGGGAUGGGUACUAGUUGAGUGUCACACACACACGAGAAGCGGAGCACAAGGUGCACAUUCGUCUAAACAAAAGACUUCUGGCGCGUAGUAAAUUCGCUCCGUGCACGAGAAACCCCCGAAUAUGACUUGUGCGGGAAAUCGUGAGUGGAACAAAACAACAACAGCCACCAGGCACGACCAGGGCGGAUUAAAAGCUUUGUGUGCGAAAAUAGGCUGGAGAUUGACUUCAAAAGAAUAAAAGGAAUCUUAAAAGUAUUA